GAGAGAGAGAGUGCACACCCAUUGUUGAUUCCUGGUUGAUUCAUGUAAUAAAUAAAUGUUCUUCGAUUUCACACGUGUGUUGGAAGAUUAGAAAAAGAGGUCGCCGAACAAAUACAUUUCACGCAUUUAUUUGUUGAAAUUCUUCCACGUCCUAUAUAAUGAAAUCAUACAGACGUGUUAUUAUUUAUAACAAAUGAAAUGAAAAUCUGAAUAAGUUUUCAAAAACCUAACCUUCGUUCAGCAACCGUAAUAUAAUUCUGCAAAUCAAUAGGAGUCAGUUUUUUUCUCGCAAUAAUUUAACAAAAAGCUUCUUUGGAAAAUGACAAGUCGGCUGGCAUGGUUUGCGACGAGCACAGGCCGAAAAUUUUCUCUUGGUUUUAUGAGUGCAACCGCAAUCACAGCCUUUGGUUUGCAAUAUUGUCCGCAUACUUAUUUGUUAUAUAAAUACAAGGAAAUUGUAGCGAUGUAUCAAUCUGGCAAAAUGGUUCCUGUACCCGAGCGUAUAAUGAAAGUUUGGAACGAAGCAAUAACAGAUCUAAGUUUACCCGAUUACCAAACCAAAUAUUUGGAGCCAUUCAUGGUUUUUGGUUUCGAUUUGUUUCACGCGGGUACCGUGCGCUCGAAAUAUGGUGCAAUAGUUGGUAUCCCAAUAAAUUUCACUUACGAGUCCGUUUCGACAUUAGAUCCAACACCGAUUCUCGUGAAUAACGAGCCCGUUAAUUGGAAUCGUCAGGAUGCGCGUGACUUGCUCGAAACUUUGGUACUUUCGGAAGAUGCUAAACGAUACGCUAUCGCGAGAGAAAUGUUGAUGUUAAGAAAAAACACGCCCUUGAUCAAUUCGGGAAUCACAGCGUUUGUGGUUUCCACGAAUUAUCUUUUGAGUCAAAAAGUCAAUGAGAAUUUCAAACUAUUCGAUCGUCCUUUAUUUGUACGAGGAUUUUGCUAUUUCCUGUGCUGUUUCUUCAGCUUCGGCAUUUGGGCAGCACAAAUCGAUAUAUUGAACGUACAACGAGAAAAAGAUGCUGAUGAGUACCUCGCUCAACUAGACGAGCGAUACACAAAAGGAGCAAUUGAAUUUUAUACGAAAACUAUGAGCAGGAAUAUUGCCCUACGAUCACUCCUUGGCACUGAGGGUCCGAGCACCUUUACCAGAUCUGGUAAUGAAAAUUUCCUAUUCAGACAGCCAAGAAUGUCUCUUCAAGAGAGAAAAUCUUUCUUCGAGAAUAAACUCGUUGAAAUUAAACAGAAGAAGGAGGUGUUGACCAACAAUAAUACGUAACCAUGUAAUUAAUUGUGAUAUGUUUGAUGAAGUCGGUAAGGAAUUUAAUAAAGAUUCCAUUACGAUUAUAAAA